AUGGACCAGCUCUGGAUCGUCCUCAACCAUCUCCAAUCCCUCGUCGGGUUGGUACUCGGUUCUUACGGUUUCCUGUUUGGAUGAGAGCUUUCUCGAUCUGGAAGGUUUUGAUUAGCCCUAAUAUGAGUCUAUUCCCGCGUGGUUUUGUAACAUUUGCAGGCCCGGGAUCACGCUGAUGUAUCCGUUGUAAGAAGAAACCAUUCAUCCCUUCGUUUUCCUCCCCUGGAGGAGGUUUUGAUGGCGGAUCUUGCAGGUACGCGUCGGUGCGGGCCAUCGAGAGCCCCUCUUCGGUCGACGACGAGCAAUGGCUCGCCUACUGGAUCUUGUACUCGUUCCUGACCUUGACGGAGAUGGUGGCCGAGCCCGUCCUCAACUGGUACGCCUCCCUGCUCCCCCUCUCUCUUCCGGAUGUGACGGGAUUUCUCAUCGAAUUCGUCUCUUACGGAACGCCUCGCGUGGUUGGGAUCCGGCGGAGAAGGUUUCCGAUGUGGUACCAUGUGAAGGUGGCGUUCAUGGCGUGGCUGGUCCUGCCGCAGUUCCGAGGGGCCGCCUUCGUCUACGAGAGGUUCGUCCGGCAGCAGAUCCGCAAGUACAGCUCCGGCGCCGCCGCCGGGGCUGGCGGCAGACGCAAGAAAUCUCACCCUCACGCUGGUGAGUACGCCCCUCCCAGCCGCUGAACUUCUCACCCGACCUCUUCGUCGGUCUGUUCACAUCCUUCUGAUCCAGGGUGAGCCGCCGAGGAGGGAAUUCGUCGACGAAGACCACGGAGGCGCCGCCGCUGCCGAGGUCCAUCCUUCAUCCUGUAGAUCCAUCCUGGUACGAGCCUUCGAUUCUCCUCUCCUUCUCCUUGUGAUCCGCAAAGCCCACUGACUGUUGUGCUCCUCUGAAGAAGAACCCGUUCGGUAAUCUUACCGUCGGACUCUCAAAGGACCAUAAAAACAUAUAAGCUAUAUGUAAAUUUUAGUGGGCCGACUCGUGGUCCUUUACCUGUCAUGGACCGGUCCAGACCGCCAAAUAUCGGGCAAAUAGUCUUGGGCUGCCAUGUGAGGGGAUCCCAGAGCUUAUUGA